AUGGAGGUUAAGCCGAAUAUGAUGGAUUCAGUACUUGCCAAUGACCCUAGAGACUCCUAUUUGUCAACGCCGGCAGAGUUUUCGCUUUUGCCUUAUGAUGAUGAUGAUGAUCACCCACGCUUCAUCACUAGAAAGCGAAGGCGAGUGGAUGCAUUUGAUGAGUACUUUAAAAGUCUGCCACCACGGUAUAGGUUCUGCCCCAAUGACGACGAGCUAGUCCGGUAUUACUUGAAGCCCAAGGUCUUUAACGAGCCGUUGCCGCGAAACCAGAUCAUCGACGUUAACAUAUAUCUCCACAACCCCGAGUUUCUUGCAGAAAAAUACAAACAAUAUGGAGAAAAUGAACGCUACUUUUUUACUCGAAUGCAUCAAAAAGGAAGUCGUCCAAAUCAAGCAGCUGAUGAUGGAUAUUGGAGGGUUACGGGAGCUGACAAAAAAGUUAGAGAUAAGGCCAACACCAUUAUUGGGUUUAAGAAGUUAUUGGUGUUCUAUAAAGGAAAUCCUCCCAACGGUGACAAGACCAACUGGAUUAUGCAUGAAUACAGUAUCGACAAUCCUCCACCUUUGCUUCGAACUCGAAUGGGUGACAAUGGCAUGAGAGAAGAGGAAGUGACAGCAGCUGAAUCCGGUACUACCACAGAUUUGCCGAAUAAUGGUGAGGAAGAGGAAGUGAUGGCAGAUGAAUCCAGUAGCACGGCUUUGCUGAAUGGUCCGUCCGAUGUUCUAUCUAAGUGA